GAAAUGUUAAAAGAAAAUUCUAUAAGUACUAAAAUGACAAAAAGAACUUAAAUAAGGGACUUAUCUGUACUAAUCCAAAACUAAAAACUGUUUAGACCGUUUUCAAACACUCGCAAAAAGGAAAGAAGCUGGACUUGCAAAAGCAGCCAUCUUUUCCCAGAAUUUGGUCAACACGCCAGAAGAAGAGGAGAAGCCACGCAGGGAAAGAAGAAGAAGAGCAAAAGCUCCAAUUUUUGCAUCAAACCCAGAUUGAAUUUCCCAGGAACCCGUCGCAGCAAUCGGUCCCCCCUCUUCAUCGGAAGCUUUCUCCUCCUGAAUUGCUUACUGCUGCUGGUAACAUAUUUCUCUCUGUUUUCAACUCUGCUGCCAUAGACGAAGCAAACAAAAGGGUAGAGCUCGAAAUAGUCAUCCGAUUGCAUGGUAUUGUGUAUAUGCUGCUUCUCUUCUUGGGUUGUUUGCAGACAUGAAACAAUUUUGUAGUUGAUGGCUUGGAAUGAAAGAAGGGAUGUAAAUUUGGCCUGUUCUUUAGAUGGACAAUUACCCAGCUUAGCUUUUACGCUGAACUAUAGUUACUGUGAAAUUAAGUUGGUUUUUGGGGGGGAAUAUCCUGAUUUGGUUGGUGAAUUACUAAAUUGGGUAGUUAAGUUCUGCUUAGAAUUUGGUCUUACAAUGGAAUUUAAUAUGAUGGUGACAUCUUGAUUUCUCGGGCAGGAAGGUAGAUGAUCAGAUGGAGCAUAAUAGCUUCAGACAUUUGCAGCGACCGAAGUUCAUCGCUGACAAUUUCAACUCGCUAGACCAGGUCAUUUCUGCGUUGAGAGAAGCUGGUCUCGAGUCAUCGAACUUGAUCCUUGGUGUUGACUUCACGAAGAGUAACGAAUGGUCAGGCAGGUAUUCAUUUCACCGCAAAAGUCUCCACGCAGUUGGUAGUGUGACGAAUCCUUAUGAACAAGCAAUCUCAAUCAUCGGGCGUACUUUGUCGCCUUUCGAUGAAGAUAAUUUGAUACCUUGUUUCGGAUUUGGUGAUGUAUCAACACGUGAUGAAUACGUGUUCAGUUUUUAUCCUGAUCACCGCCCUUGUCGUGGUUUCGAAGAGGCACUUGCUCGAUACAGAGAAAUCAUUCCACACUUACAGUUGUCAGGUCCAACUUCAUUUGCACCAAUCAUUGAUGCUGCAAUUGACAUUGUAGAGAAAAGUAAUGGUCAAUAUCACGUCCUUGUUAUUAUUGCAGAUGGGCAGGUUACCAGGAAUCCUGGUAUUCCACGCGGGAGUUGUAGUCCUCAAGAACAAGCAACCUUGAAUUCCAUAGUUGCUGCCAGCUAUUAUCCUCUCUCAAUUGUUUUAGUUGGAGUCGGGGAUGGGCCAUGGGAUGCGAUGAAACAGUUUGAUGAUAACAUUCCACAUAGAGCAUUUGACAACUUCCAGUUUGUCAACUUCACAAAAAUCAUGUCGGAGAAGAAGGAUACAUCAAAAAAGGAAGCCGACUUUGCUCUUGCUGCCCUCAUGGAAAUCCCUCUCCAAUACAGAGCCACACAAAGCCUUGAUGUUUCUGGAUCAACAACGGGUCAUCCGCGUACAAAGCCUCUUCCACCUCCCAAGGCAGUGAUUGAUCAUGAUGAUGCAAUUAGAUCAAUACCGCCUUUGAUCAAUUCUGCAACAACAGGAGCAACAGCAGCUCCAGUUGAACCGGUCUGCCCCAUUUGCUGGACGAACCCAAAGAACAUGGCAUUCGGAUGCGGUCACACAACCUGCCAGGAAUGCGGAGGCUUGGUUACGAGUUGCCCUUUGUGCCGGCAACCUAUAACGACGCGUAUCAAACUCUUCAACUGAAAAGCUGUAAAGUAAUAAUGUUGAUGAUUUCUUUGUAUGUAGGGGGGAAAAAGUAAAGCAAUGAGGGCACCAUGGCUGCUCUUGUUUUCCAUUGUAUUUGUUGUGUUGUGUUGUGUUGAAGCCAAAAGGCAAAUAUGCUUCAGUCGUUCAUCAGCUGGAAAACUGUUGUGUAUCCAUCUUUCUAAAUUUGUGUAAAUUGUAUCAUAAUCUGUUUGUUUCAACAUUUUCCAUUGAGUUUCUAGCUGUAGAUCUAAAUACCAAGCUCUGCAAAGCUUGGUAGAGUCUAUUUCAUAGACUUGGUUGGUCCUAGACAGAGUUGAAAAGUCAUGUUUUAGAAAUCGUACCAUAUCAGCGGAUCGGACUGGAAAUAUCGAAUACCGAACCUCAAACGGCAAGCAAUUCUAAUGGUGGAACCACAAUUCAAUCACGAUUUUAGUACAAUAUACCCUACUCCGAUAU